GUAUUGGCCAGAAUCACAGAGAGUUCAGCUGUGGUUUUAUUGUAGCUGUAAAGGAUUCCUGACAAAUUUCUGCAUCUGCCUGCAGGAACAGAGCUGCCAGAGAAGAUGCUUCUCAGAGCCUCUGUGUCUAUGUUAGUGAUGUGUGUGUGGUGUGUGGAGGAAUCUGUGUGUUUCCCCAACGGCUCAGUGGCGUUCUCCUGUGGCAACAUGAUGCCAGUGCACCCGCCCUUCACCCCCUCCACCACCAGCCCACCAUUUACACUGUCAACAUCAAGUGCCACCUACAGGCCUGGUGGACACAUCACAGUGACGGUGGAGGUGGUGAACAACAGCUCCACAGAGUUUCAGGGUUUCCUGUUACAGGCCAGGAGCACACAGGGACACACUCUGCUGUGGCCUGUGGGAAAGUUCACCAACAUUAACACCACCCUGUUUACUGCACUGCACUGUAAAAACAUGGAGAACUCAACUGUUAGUCAGGCAUCAGGAGCCAAGAGGAAGAAAGUCCAGCUGACCUGGGAGGCACCUAGCAACAGUCACUAUGGAGAUAUCUACUUCAGUGCCACUCUGGUCCAGGACUACACCGCUUUCUGGGUUCAGCUGAACAGCAGCUCUCUGAGACUGGACAGCAUCGGAAACUCAGCUCAGGACCUCUCCUCCUCAGCUCUGCUCUUCAUCAGUCUGCUGAGUUUAUCUGCUGCCUGCUGACACACACACACACACACACACACACACACACACACACACACACACACACACACACACAGAGUCUGUGAAAGCCAUGGUUGCCCUUCAUGUGUAGUGAUGUAACUAGUGUGGCUGUUGUUCUGUUGUUGGUGAAAAUAGAAAAUGUUCUGUUUUAUCUGUGGUUUUCAGUUUAACCCUGAGUCUGUUGUAAACUCUGAACCAUCAGUUUAAAUAGCACAAAUAUUUGAUUCUAUUACAAUGUGACUGUGAGUGAGGCAGCAGUGAUCAGGGCAGCAGAUGUAGUUUUGACUCGUGGUUGUAGUUCCUGAAUGAAAACAUCAUUCUUUUACCUUAGUUCACUGUCCAGUGCUGUAGCCCCUGUUUAUUUUAGAGUAUGUACAGAAAACCUCAGUGACUUUUAACGGAGCAGAAGCUCAUCUUGAAUCAUCUGAAUAAAUCAUUGUAUUUAUACAUUAUGUUUCAUAAAUCCCUGUCCAGACCAACACACAGCAGAGAGGAGACCAGGAGCCAAGUCAUGUAACAGUUUAUUCAGCAUUCCUCAUCUAUGGCAGUAACAGCAGGCUAACAGAGUAAACAACAUUAUAGACCACAGACAGAUGGAUCAAACAGCAGGUAGAUGUAUGCACGUCACUGCAGAGGGGGUGAGCGUGAGGGUCUGUGUUACAGGUGGACCAUGAUGGUAAGUCCACACUGCUUUCAUCCAGUGAGUCCUUUAAUACUGUUUAGUCAAACUAACAACACAGUUUCAGUUCAGCAGGCUGUAGAGAUGUGAGGAACUUUUUGUUACUAUCUAAGUUUCACU